AUGAUCGUCAACUUGAACCGUGUCUGGCCCGCAAAUAAAGACGGCCAGGUCGUGAUCUCCAUCGGAUAUAUCCAAGACGACGAAUACCAUGAUUACCGGCGCGACCGAGUCGAAAGUGUCGCAGAACAAUGGCUAGAUGUAUUGCCUCGGAAUGUGAGAUUCAGUUUUAGAGGCGAUCCAAAUAGAUGCCAUGUCCGCAUCAGCUUUGCAGCAUCGCCCAGCAAUGGCAAUUGGUUCUCGCAAAUCGGCACGGCGGCGCGGAAUGUGCAUAAGAGCAAGCCAACGACAUACCUCAAGUGGACGAGUGACAAGAAGGUGAUGAAUCGCCACAUCCUUCAUGAAUUUGGCCAUAUCCUCGGAGCCGAGCAUGAGCAUUUCUCGUCUGAAUUUCCGUGGCAGUUCAACAGCACGGCGGUGUAUGACCACUACGAGCAAGAGGUCAAAAACGAAAACGAGAGUAGAACGCCGAAGUGGUCGGAUAAGCGGGUCAAAGAGAAUGCCGUCGAGCGAGCAUACACGAAUGUGUUCAAGCGGGUGGAUGAGAGUAAUGUCCGGCAUUCGAUUUUCGAUGACCAGUCGAUCAUGCUCUAUUACAUGAAGAAAUCUUGGUUAAAACAGUCCGGCAGUGAACCGACAAGAACGCUCUAUGAGAAUUACUCUCUUUCAUAUUGCGACGGCGCGAUUAUGUACGAGGUUUACGAUGAGCCAGACACGUUGUGGUCCUCGGACUCUUCUACGGAUGAGGAUGAUUGA